AACCACAGUUCAGGUUUUCACUGCUGGUCAUCAGACCAGAGCCUUAAACUACUGAGCUACACCGUGUGUCCAGUCGAUGAUGCAGUGUGCGUUUCUUUUCAGGAGCUGCAUGUGAUCUUCCCCUGGCUGGUGGAGACCGUGUUUGGUAGUCUGGACGGCAUCAUCUCCGGCUGGAACCUGCGACUGCUGCAUUCACGGAGCAACGAGUACAACGUCGUCGUGGAGUUUCUAAACCCGAGUGGGCCGAUGAUGAAGCUCGUCUAUAAGCUUCAAGCAGAAGAGUACAAAUAUGAAAUACCCGUCAACUAUCUGCCGGGUCCUGUGAAGGUCUGCAUCCAGGAGGGGGUCCUCCCAGAAUGCCCUCUGUUCCACAACAAGCUGCAGUUCCCUCUCUCUGGUCUGCUGACUCUGAACCUGGCUCUCAAUCCUUUUGAAUUCUUCAUGUUUCAUUUUGCCUCCUGUCUCAUCACGCCGACGAGCUACCCACAAGGCCACCAUGGGAGCUCCACUGACAGCGCCUACUUUGUGCUGGUGGACACGUACCUGAAGUACUUCCUGCCCUGUGAAGGAAGUGUUCCUCCGUCUCCUUUCUCUGACUCCAGAGGCUCCGUCACUGCACCGUCACCCAGGUACUUAUUACACAAAGCUUUCAUAAACCCACCAGAGUGCAGUCUGUCAAACUAACCUCUUUGAUUACGAGAACCCCAGUGGAGGAUGAAUGGUUAAAUGUUUGACCACACUGGUACAAAUAACAAGUGGACAUGGUCAUGGUGACCUCACCCGGUGUUUUGAAACCUCGAGUU